ACGGAAAACUAACGCCGCGGUCACAUUGGCAAACCUAACUCCAAAUCGAUCAAAUCUAUUACGUUAAAUCCAAUGACACGCCAUCGAUUGGUUUGCACACGUCUUCAUUUGUGUGGCUGUUUUAUCAAAGUACGACAUGUCUCACUCCGAUAUAAAGUAAACAAAAAGUUCAUUGGUCAUGUUGGUACAAUGUGUACUGUCGCUCCUCGCAAAUACAGUUCCACCAAUUGUCAUAAUGGGGCCUAUAUUGUGAUGGGCACGUACGUACUGAAGUAUUUGUGGAUCAAAUUAUAUUCAUUUCAUAGUGGGUCAUAAAAGAAGAGUGCAUUUGAUCUUGGUCUUCAUUUUGUCAUCAACUGGAACGAACCAUGUCCAAAGAUUCGACGACCGAAGGGUUCUCUUCUCGGGUACCCGACUGCGUGGCAGAAUCAUGCUUCGAAUACCAAGGCGUCAUUUUAUCAUAUAUCACGCCAAAGAGGGCGAUAGAUGCAGUUCGAAAUUCGAAAGUCAGGCCCGAUGAUUUAUACAUCGUCACAUAUCCCAAAUCAGGUACUACAUGGGCAGAGCAAUUAUGUGUACUGAUUAAGGGUGAUGGAGAAAAAUCGACGUUGGAGGGCACCCAUAUCAUGAAGCUGGUUCCUUUCAUUGAGAUCUGUUUAGACCAUAAGAAUCCAGAGACGUCACCUUUGAAGAUAGAUCAAGCUGAAAAGAUGCCCUCUCCAAGGCUCCUCAGGACGCACUGUCUUCCAAAGUUCUUACCUUAUGACGUCAGCACUGAUGAUCCGAAAGCUAAGGUUCUUUACGUCGCCCGGAACCCUAAAGAUGCUGCCGUUUCUUACUACCACUUCUGUAACUAUGUUCCUCCGUUACCGUCUUACCCAUCCUGGGAUGUCUUCUUUGAAGAAUUUCUCGCCGGGAGAGUUCCCCAAGGAUCUUGGUUCGAAAACGUGUUACCAUGGUGGAGGAGAAGAAAUCAUCCUAAUGUUCUCUUUCUCAAGUACGAAGAUAUGAAGAAGGAUCUCCCGAAAGCCGUCAAACAAAUCGCCGAAUUCAUGGGCAAAUCUUUCACCGAUGACGUCAUACAGAAGAUAGCGGAUGCAUCAACAUUCAAGGCGAUGAAAGAAAGCUCCUCUUCGAAUCCAGAUAUUCUAAUUCAAGGGCGCGCUGGUGAGGGCAACAAAUCCUUCAUGAGAAAAGGUGUUGUGGGAGACUGGAAGAAUUAUUUCUCAGAUGAUCAAAACAAACGAUUCGAUGAGCUUUACAACAAGGAAAUGGCUGGAUCUGGUCUUGAGAUGGAUUUCGGGUCCCCUUAAAAAAAGAGGACAUAAUACAGGGGCCGCGGAACCGGAGGGGGCUGGAUGGGCUUCAGCCGCCACAUUUAUCCAAGCUUACACGUAAAAUCGACGAUCUGAUUGUGAUUUUAUGCAUGGUGACCCCCCCCCCCCCC